UGGCACCGAAUAUUUGGCUCCUCGUAUCCUCGUCCAUUUAUGCGUGUCUUCCCCCAACGAAACCAACGAGGAAGCAAGGGGGAUCUUGAAUUCUGCGCUUAACGCUUCGAAUCUUUGAAUUCAUUCAAAGAUCUCCCUCUACGCAUAUCAGGGCACUAUGGCUGCCACGGUGAAACAAAUGUCUUUGAUCGUGUCACUGUUGGGUGUGGUGUCCUUCAUUUUGGGAGUUGUUGCUGAAAACAAGAAGCCUGUGGCUGGAACACCCGUGCCUGGUUCGGAUGGUAUCUCUGUCACCUGCAAGUACCCAGCCGAUCCAACUGUUGCAUUGGGGUAUCUUUCUACAGCAUUUCUUGUUGCAUCCACUGUGAUUGGGUAUAUGUCUUUGUUUUACCCUUACAAAGGAAAGUCUAUUCCACAAGGGAUUCUGUUUAAGCACACCACUUUCACAGUGUUCUUCAACAUUUCUUUGUUCACCGCUGGAUUAGCUGCAGCUAUGCUGUUAUGGCCAACAAUCACAGAACACAUUCACCUGACACGCAAUGUGCACCAGAAUCUCAGCUAUGAAUGCCCUACAGCCAAAACUGGUCUCCUCGGAGGCGGCGCCUUUCUAUCCCUUGAUUCAUCUCUCCUUUGGUUGAUUGCCCUUAUGUUAGCUGGCAAUGCUCGUGAGGAUUUCUUUGGAGAAGAAGAAGAUGGUGACAAGGGUGAAUUUGGUGCAGCCUCCUCUGAUGCUUAUUAUGAUGCCGAUUCAGGACUGAAGGGUAGUGCCUGAAGUGUGCUGCAGAGUAGAAAUAAGUGUUGCAUCUGGUAUUUCUGUAGUUCCCUUUUAAUCAUGCCCAACAAUUCCGUGAAAUAUUGAAUGUAUAUAUAUAUUUUUAACGGUUGUUCUCGGUGAACAUUUGUUGUGUGCUUAAGCACUAGUACUGCAGGAAAAAAAAGCAGAAAAAAAACAUAGUUGUUUAGAAAAUGGAUUCCUUGUCAGUAAGUCUCUUAUUUUAUUCUUUGAAUUUUACACAAAUUUAUUUCAGGGCUACCUUGUGAUGGCGUGGA